GGUGUUCUGAUGCAUUAACUCAGCUCUCUAAAAUACACAUCAUGCAUAUUUUCCUUAGGAUCAAACAUAACCUACACUAAUGCCACGUUGGCAGCUGACUCAGACUUGCAUGAGUUAUGAAUGAAAUGUUUGUCCUUAACUCUGUUUGUCUAUGGGAUUGAGUGUUGACCAAGUUAAAUAAAUCACUGGAACCUUCAUUCACAAAUAUCAGCCUGCUGCCAUCAAAUAAACUUUGUCCUUGGCAUCAUUUCAACAUCUCUGUCCUGCUUUGAUUCCAAAAGUCACUGCAGAGAGACCGAGCGCAAACACAAGAGAACAAACUUCACUUUAAAAACAGCUCUGCCUUUCAGCUCCGGCCUGAAAAUCUGCCACAAUGGACAAAUCCAUCUGCACAUUAUUACUGCUAUUUUCCCUGCUAUCCUUUCAGACUGUGUGUGUGUACUGCACGGAUUUUGGACUGUCGCCCAUUGAACUCGCACCCAUCCCCUGUAAUGACAAGGCAGUGGAGAAGCUCUCUCGUCUGGCUGCCACUUACAUCAAUGAGGAUCGCACCGACGGCUACAAGUUUGCCCUCAACCGCAUUGCAAAUGUCCACCUGCACGCUCAGGGCCCAGCAGGCAAUGUGUAUUACCUGGACCUGGAUGUCCUGGAGACCAAGUGUCACGUCGGCAGCCCAAAACCAUGGAAACGCUGUGACGUCCGACCAUUCAUGGAAACGCAAAUCUCUGGAAACUGUAACACCACUAUCCUCCACACACCAGAAGGAUACUCCUACCUGUACAGCUAUGACUGCACUCUUGUACCGGAUCUCCCUGAGAAGCUGCAGCAGACCUGUCCAACCUGCCCCCUCCUGCUGCCCAUAGAAAGCCAACAGGCCAUGAACUCAGCACAAGUCACUCUGGCCUCCUACAAGAGGAAGUCCAUGCUUGGAGCAGGGCUUGGAGUGAAGAAGAUUACUAGAGCUUCAGCUCAGGUGGUGCCAGUUAAAGCCAGCUUUGUGGAGUACACAGUCCAAGAGUGUCCAGAGGGAGUGACUGAAAGAGGAACCUGCCACAGACGGACUCUGGAGUCUGACACAGAGACUUCAGGCUUCUGUGCAGGAUCGGUGCGUGGAGACCUGAAUGUUGAUCCCGAGGUUCAGGUGUCCUGUGAGAUGUACAAAGUACAGAAUGUGGACAUCCUUAGACCAGUGCAGCCUCAGGGUCACGACCUUUUCCCAGACCUUGCAAUCCCGACCUUCCAGCCUGUGUUUGAUGACCCGAUUAAUCAUCCUGAGCCUGUUCCCUCUGAUCCCACACUGCCCCCUGUUGUUCAACCAAUGCCGUUUGACCCCAUGCCCAUUCUCCCUUUACCCUCCGACCCCCCUGUUGUGGUAAACCCCAACAACCCUCUCUGCUCAUCUUCCAGUGAGUCCCUUGAAGAUCUAGUUAACCAGCAGAAGCAGCCACGAGUCCCUGGUCUUUUUAGUUCUUCAUCUGAGGAAAUUGGAGGCCCUGUUGCACUGCGACCUCCAUUCAACUUCCGCUACAAGAGGCCGGACCGCAAGAAACGUCAGGCCCUGAUGGGGACAUCAACCUCUCACAACCCCGUCUUCCUGUCUGAUUUCCCUAGUGGGCUGUCUCCUUUCCGCUCAUGUCCCGGGCCUUCUCGAUACACCACAGUUUAGAGUCAAUCUGUUCAUGUUUGAUUUAUUCAGUGUGAGGGUGGGCUGAUAAACUGCUCUGCUGUCUGCUCGCCGGAGGCUCGUAAUAAUUUGUGCUAACGAGAGGAAUGCUUUCUCUUUUCACAAGCCCUGAAAUUACCUCUUUGCUGCCUCUGUCGUAGGCUUCUGCUUCCAGUACAGCUAGAGCUUAAAGCAUUAUGUAUCCAAAAAGGGCUUCAAACUGCAAUAUAUUUAGCAUCUGUUUUGGUGGAACAAAGCAAUAAAAUUAUGAAUUUUAAAGCUGAAUGUGUCAGAGCUAAUAUGGUAAGUCAGUUGAAAGUAGAUUUAAUAACUACUCUGGAUUAUUUAGAAGACAACAAUCUAUGACUAACAGCUUCACAAAUGCAGGUUGUUUAUUUUUCCUGUGUUUAUUUUAUCUCUUUAUAAUGAAACGUUUGAAACGUUUAGAAAAAAGGACAUUUA